UGCGCUCAGUUGAUCGCCGAACUUCAAGCGCAUUGGACGUGUCGAUAUUGUGAUUAUUGUGAAUUAAGCAGCGCUGAACCGUAAAAGCGUAAGCGUUCGUCGUCAAACGAACAAUAGCCGUAACCGUAACCGCAACCGUAACUGGCAAUCGACGAAUCGACGACGCUUAUCAGCUUUGUCAAAGAAUAAGCCCAAAAGACUGCUGUCAAUCGACUCAAUAUUUGUGUAUUUUGUAUUUAUAUGUGCUCAGGAGUUUGAUCUGAUAAUAAAUUAAUAUAACUUCCCCCGCCACGCUUCCCCCUUCCCCUCUCCACAGGGCUGCGACUCAAUUGCCACCAAAAAUGUUGGAGACUUGAAUUACGCCGCCGCGCAACGAUAACCGUAACGAUAGCGAUAACGAUAAAACGAAAAUGAAUUCACAAUUUGAUACCGAUGCCGGCACACAUCCCUUUCGAUCAAAUAUCGAAGAAUUUCCCACAGCGCCCAAUGAAAAGAAUUGGGAAUGGACUUAUCUUGUGCGAAAAUGCCGUAAUCUGGAGCUGGAGGAGUCUUAUGACUUGUAUAUGCGUCGAUUGCGCAUUGGCUAUUUAUCGAUCUUCAUUUUUAUCGAGCUGCUCGUGAGUUUAACACACGCUUUACUCCUGUUCACCUCAUCGGAUAUGACCUAUGCCUAUAUCGAUAUGGGCGCCUACGUGGUCACCGGUCUCAUAAUGUGGCUAAUACUCUCGAUCAACUUCCGCAAUGAGCUGAUUAGCAAACACACCUGGAUUGUCUAUGCCUCCUCCUGGCUGGCCGUCUCCGUGAUGGUCCUAAUGGAUAUCGGCCUGAACAUUUAUCACGCCACCAGCAACAAUGAUAUACUUAAUCCCAUCUACGACGCCUACACUCUAUAUGCCAUCUAUAUGUUCAUGCCCAUUCCGUACAUUCUUCAGCCCUUCAUCUUGGGCAUUGCAGUUACCAUCUGCUAUAUCAUCAACUACAGUUUUGUGAUCACUUCCAAGGAGGAAAACCAAAUCCAAAUGCACAGCAUACUCAACGAAGCCAUUUAUUUGAUCUGCGUCAAUUGUCUGGGCAUCUUUUUCCGCCUGAUGCGAGAUAUAGCGCUGAGAACAACAUUUCUGGAUCGCAGACAGUAUGUGGAGGAGAAUCUUUUACUACGCUAUGCCCGAGAUCAGGAGCGAAGUCUGUUGUUGAGCAUACUUCCCGCACAGAUUGCGGAUCGUCUGCAGGAGGAUGUGAGGAAUCGCAUUGAGCGCUCCAAGCAGCAGCAUCAACAGCGCACAGGAUUCCAACAGAGCAUCCACAACAAUAAUCAUGCUUUAAAGCGUUGGCGUCAACCGGAUCAUGGCACACUCUUCAUCGAGCCGCACAAGGAUGUGACCGUGUUGUAUGCGGAUGUGGUGAACUACACGCACCUGACGACAACUCUGGAUGUGAAGAAGUUGGUGGAGGCUUUGCAUGAUUUAUUCGUGCGUUUUGACAUUGCGAGUGAGGAGUACAAUGUGAUGAGGAUCAAGUUCUUGGGGGAUUGCUACUACUGUGUGGCUGGACUGGCCAGUCCCAAUGAGGAUCAUGCCAAGUGCUGUGUGGAUCUGGGACUGCGCAUGAUCAAGGAUAUUCGCGAUGUGCGCGAGAAGCGACAUCUCAACAUUGACAUGCGCAUCGGUGUGCACUCCGGCGAUGUGUUGUCUGGUGUAAUUGGUGCCGCCAAGUGGCAAUUUGAUAUUUGGUCCAAGGAUGUGGACAUUGCCAAUCGACUGGAGGCCACCGGCGCCACAGGACGUGUCCAUGUGAGUCAGCAAACGUUGGGACUUUUAGAUGGCGAGUAUUUCUUUGAGGAUGGCACGGAAAAGGCUCGCGAGGAUCCUGUGCUACAAAAGCAUAAUAUACGCACCUUUCUCAUCAAAUCGCUACGCGCCCCCAUGCACGAUCCUCGCCGGGUGCAACGGGAGCGUCAGGCCAAGAAGCUGAGCGAGGCCAGCAAGUCCAACUUCAUGUACAACUCGACCCUGCAGCAAUACAACCAAGUGCGUAACCAGGCCAAGCUGGAAAUGUGCCGCGAGCUGGAUAAAAUGCCCAUCGGUCGUAUACAGAUAACCAAAGUGUGUCGUCGCUCCACAAAUCCUACCCAGGAUGAGAUCGAGGAGGAAACCUUUCGACGCAACAUCAGCUCCUUCUGUCUGCUGUUUCGCAUAAGGAACUGGGAAUUGCAAUACAUCAAGGAGCCGGAUGUGAUGUUCAAAUAUAGCAUUGCACUCGCCUGGUUCGUCUAUAUAUGCCUGCUCACCAUACAGCUGCUCAGCAAGGAUGCCAAAUAUCAUUAUUGGAUCAUUGAUGGCAUUACUAUAUGUCUGCUUACCAGCUUGCUUAUCAUCUCCUGGUACAAGAAGCUGUGGAUUAUGUAUGUCUCCGAUACGGAACAGUCGCGUCCUCAGGCCAAAUUAAGCAUAUUUCUCUACAGGAUGUCCGACUACAUGCAAGGCAAUAUUGUUCUACGCAUUGUUGUCUAUUUCCUGAUCAUUGCCUCCUAUUGUGCUGUGGCUGCCAUGCAAGUGAUAGAUUGUAGCGUCAGAGAUGAUGUUGUGGAAGAUGAUAAUGGAUUAAUGAAGCCAAUGCCAUUUACGUUUGAGGAGCGUGUGAAUUGCUUUCAUCCCUGGAUUCUCACCAACUGUAUGACACUGGUUAUCGGCACAUCCUUUCUGUUCACCCGCAUACCCUUCAUUGUGAAAACCUCUGUGGCUGUGGUAAUCACCGUGACAUAUGCUAUUCUCGUGGUGGUUGAGUUUGAUUACAUCUACGCCAGCAGUCCCUCAACGAAUGUGAAUUUAAAUGCCGAAUAUUCGCAUAUUCUGUUCAUCUUUAUAACGCUGGGCAUAUUCCAUUUGAUGGAGCGACAAACUGAGUUUAUAGCCAAGGUGGAUUACAAUUGGAAGCGUCAGUUGUUGCAGAAACAGGAUGAUGCACUGAUCACAAAUGGCACGAUCAAGGUGCUGCUGGUCAAUAUACUGCCCUCCCAUGUGGCGGAGUUCUAUCUGUCAAUGCAGCAGCAGCAGAAUGAGCUGUAUUACGAGGAGUACGACAAUGUGGCGGUUAUGUUUGCCUCAAUCAAGAACUUUGACACGGAUAAAAUAGGAUUACGUGUGCUCAACGAGAUUAUCUGCGACUUUGACGAUGUUCUCAACAAAUACUCGCACAGUCUGCGCGUGGAGAAGAUCAAGGUGGCCAACUGGACAUAUAUGGCAGCCUGUGGUCUGGACGUGACACGUUCCGAGCAGGUGAAUGCGCCACAGGUCAAGUUCCGCAAUGUCUCGCUGAUGCCGAAUGGCCGAAGAAGUCAGUAUCGCACCUCGGGAUCCGAGCAAGUGCAGCGAGUUCCUUAUGGCAAUGGCAGCACCAUUGCUUUGGAUCUGGAGCGUGGUCAGUACGAGGGCAAUGUGAUAAACAGCACGCCCAGAAUGAGCAAGGAGGACAUUGCCAAUGAGAAGAGCAACGAUGAAGUGAUCAAGGUGAUGGCCAACUUUGCUUUGGAUCUGAUGCGUGCCAUGAGAAGAUUCAAUGCGGAGAACAUGCAGUCGGAGUACGAGGGCAGCACGGAUUAUGGCAUGCUCCGUAUUGGCAUCUCCCAUGGCCGGGCUAUGGCCGGAGUUGUGGGCAUAUCGAAGCCGCAUUAUGAUAUCUGGGGUAAUCCUGUCAACAUGGCAUCCCGCAUGGACUCAACGGGCAUUCCUGGCAAGAUCCAGGUCACUGAGAAUACAGCGCUCAAAUUGCGCAACUUCAAUAUACAAUGCAAUUACCGGGGCAAGACCUUUGUCAAGGGACGUGGCAAUAUUCCCACCUACGUGCUGGGUACCGAUGACGAAUACGAAGGAUUCCUGCCUCAUCAGGCGCCGGAAGCACCAGAACCUACUUAGUUAAUCCUCUAUUUUAGCAUCCUUAUGUACCAAUUGAAUGUUUUCAAUAUGUAAAUAAAUCUAAAACAAACUAAAUCUUAA